AUUGGAUGAGCCUAAAAAUCGUCGUCUUGAAACUGCUAAAUGGUAUAUGUUGGUUGGUUGUUUAUGUAAUAAAUUGCACGAAGCGGGUGAUCAGUCGCUUCAGUCCCUUUCUAAUCACUCCAUCGCCAUACCCACAUCGUGGACUGUUAUUCAAGUAAGAGGCCCCUUCGAUCUUCAUUCCCUCUCUCUCUCUCUCUCUCUCUCUCAAAACGUAGAAGACAAUCAUAAAUUUGAAAAACACAGCUUCAGGCUUUAGCCACUGCCUCACUGCCUGAACUUUCAGCUCUUGCUUCUUCAAAUUCCCACAAGCAUGAAACAGUUGCACAAGCAGAGCGUGAACCACCGCCGAGACGAAGAGAACCCCUUAGGGUUAAGUUCAACCCCCCCAUACUCGCCCAAAACCUUCAAGCAUCCAAGAUCGCUUCCUAGAUCCCUCAGCUACCUCUUGAAAGAGCAGAGGCUUCUCUUCAUCCUUGUCGGCAUUCUCAUCGGCUCCACAUUCUUCAUCCUCCAGCCUACCCUCUCCCACCUCGGCCCAUCUGAGCCCAAUUCCUCCUCCUCCUCCUCCAUCUCCAUCCCACGCUUUUCCACCUCCUUGGCCCAUCAAGACCAGGCCUCGGCCACAUACCCAAGGACUCACGCCAAGGUCGGGCGGGUCCCAGCCGGGAUCGGACGGCGGAGAUCGAGGAUCGUGGUCACCGGUGGGGCGGGUUUCGUCGGCAGCCACCUCGUUGACAAGCUUCUCGAUAGAGGGGACGAUGUCAUCGUCAUUGACAAUUUCUUCACCGGUAGGAAGGAGAACUUGGUGCACCGAUUUGGGGACCCCAGGUUCGAGCUCAUCCGACACGACGUCGUCGAGCCGAUUCUUCUGGAGGCGGAUCAGAUCUACCACUUGGCUUGCCCUGCCUCGCCGGUUCAUUACAAGUAUAAUCCCGUCAAGACCAUCAUAUCCUUCUCAAAUUUCUUCACAGUUACUAAUGUGAUGGGUACCCUGAAUAUGUUGGGUCUGGCCAAGAGAAUUGGAGCGAGGUUUUUGCUCACGAGUACGAGUGAGGUUUACGGAGACCCACUUGAGCAUCCCCAGAAAGAGACUUAUUGGGGAAACGUGAAUCCGAUAGGUGAGAGGAGCUGCUACGAUGAAGGAAAGCGGACAGCGGAAACCCUGACAAUGGAUUAUCAUCGAGGUGCAGGUGUUGAGGUUCGUAUUGCUCGCAUUUUUAACACAUAUGGACCUCGUAUGUGUUUAGAUGAUGGACGUGUUGUUAGCAAUUUUGUUGCUCAGGCCAUCCGCAAAGAGCCUUUGACAGUAUAUGGUGAUGGGAAACAGACGCGAAGCUUCCAAUAUGUCACUGACUUGGUUGACGGACUGGUAGCAUUAAUGGAAAGCGAGCAUGUGGGGCCUUUCAAUAUGGGUAACCCAGGGGAGUUCACUAUGCUUGAGCUUGCAGAGGUUGUAAAAGAAACAAUUGAUUCAAGUGCCACAAUAGAAUUCAGACCAAAUACUGCUGAUGAUCCACAUAUGAGGAAACCGGAUAUAAGCAAAGCAAAGGAGCUGCUGAACUGGGAGCCAAAAGUAUCGCUUAGAGAGGGACUGCCGCGUAUGGUGGGUGAUUUCCGUAACCGUAUUUUGAAUGAAGACGAAGGAAAAGGUCUUUAAAUGAAAAUAUAGAAAAACUGUCUUGUAUAGUGUGAAGAAGUGCAUCUCAGUAUCUUGUUCAUUCAUUCCAUUGUUAUCACCCUUAGUUUUAAGUUACCUGGAAAUUCUAGCAACGUGCCACUGUUUUAGGAAGAUGUACCCCUUGUUUUUUUCUACAUUGUGUGCUUGGUCAGCCAAAAAAAGCCCACAUUUUUCAAAGUUUUAGUCACAUUUUUUUAUUCCACCAUUUGUGGGAUCGAACUUUUGGUGGCGAAAGACUACUUAAGCAGCAGCUUAUGUAGGAUUAUGUGUUUUUUUUUUUUUUAAUAAAAAAAAAUUAUUUAUUUAUUUUUUUAAACUUCACUUCGUUACUUUUGUAAUUUUUCCCUCCAAAGUUUAAAAAUUCUCAAUUUAA